ACGGUCAACAGUACACGGAUCCUUCGAUCGUUCAAACUAACGGUCGAUUCUGGCUCCCAAAUUCUCUACCUUCGCCUUUUCAACCGAUGACAUCGAUGAUCAGUCCACCACAGUGUGUGCUACAACGGUGCAUCAGAACACGCCUACUGCACGCCUGGCAGGGUUACUCAACUAGCGCAAUCGCACCCGUUGCUACCGCCUGACAUACAGACUGCAGUCAUGACGUGCUGCUGCCGCUGCUGUGUUUAUGUGCGAGUUGUUUGGCACAUUCGAUAGCAACAGCGCAGAACGUAAUCUCUUUUGAAAACGCGCAGACAGUACAUCCGCCGGCCAGUGGAUAAGGUGCAUCGUAUUGAGGGGAAAGCUGGUGCCACGCAGGAGAUCGCAAAACAAUACUCGCUCAUCCGGUGUAGCAUCACACACACACACCAUGUCGACUGUGCAUAUUGCCCGCAUCAUGCACGACUUCCUGCACCGCGGGGUGGAAAGAGAGUUAGACAAUUUCCCGCCCGGAGAGGAAUUCUACCAGCUCGAAAGCCCACCGCACGCGGCCAAUCUGCUGGCGUUCGCGCUCGGCCAGCUGCAGCCGGGCUCGUCAGGCUGGAAUACGAUGGAGGACAUGGGGCGGCCGGACCUGCUGCCCGACCGGAAGCUGUACAAGCAGCUGGAACAGAUCGUGUUCCGCAUGCCGACGCUCGAGUUCCAGCUCAUCCCGCUGGUAAUGCAGGUGGACGGAGGAGAGCUGCAGUCGAGCUUCCUGAUGCGCGUACGGAAAGCGGCCCGCUCAGCCGACUGCGUGUACGUCGAUCUGGCCAACCGCAAGUACGACCGGUUUGCGCAGUUUAUUGCGUCGAACACGCUGCCCGCCUGCGUGCUGUGGGUGCCGCAGGAUGGCCGCCUGCGCUAUGCCGUGCAGGCCGGUGCACCCUACCCGAUGCUGACGAUCGAACGGCACCGGAUCGAGCGUGUGGCCGACACGUUCCGCAACAUUACGACCGUCGGGACGGUGGUUGGGUCGGUGCUGUCGAUGACACCGCUCGGGCCCGCGGUAGGGCUGCCGCUGCUGGUGCUGUCCACCGCUGCCAGCAGUGGCUUCUCCCUCUCGAGCCUGGUCGAUGGCUGCAAGCACGAGAGCGGCAAGGUGGUGACUGGCCGCGCCGUCGCCCUCGCCUUCAGCCUGACCUCGUUUGCCGGCGCCGGGCUGACGGCGGCCUGUCGGGUGGAGAAGCUGCGCCGGCUGAUACCGGCCGACCGGCUGGUGCAGCUCGAACGGGCGGAAAAGCUGCUGAGCGGUGGGCUAAAGAAGGUGGCCACGGGCAGUAUCGCCUCGACGGUGGUCGGUACCGUGUGCGGCUGGAAAACGCUCUCCACCAGCGAGCAGAUCGAGCUCGGGGCAUUGCUGUGCUUCGCCUACCGGGAGUCCUUUAGCUGGGCCGUGGUGGAGCGGCUCAUCUGCACGAUGCAGCUGGACGGUGUGGUAAAGUUCUUCUGCACCACCUGCCCCAAUCUAGCGUACGACCUGGUGCGCGUGAAGAUCCGUGGCACACAGGCGGAGCGCUACCUGCAGCUGGUCGUCGACGUUCUCGAGAAGCAGGUGAGCUUCACGGUGGACGAUAAUUUCACCACGAUCAAGCUGUUCGGCUACACGCUGCAGUUCGACACGAUGUUCUCCAUCGACUGGGAGCAUCUGAAGAUGGUGCUGCUGUUUCUGCAAUCGUCCAGGAGCGAGAUCGGCAAUGUGUGCCGCUCGGUCGGGCAACCGCUGACGCAGGAUACGCUCGCCGAUGUGGUGCGUCUGCUGCAGCUGGUCAAAAGUCUGCCGGACAUUGCGUGCGCCGUGACCAAUUGCAUCACCCUCGGCCGGGGGCAUCGCUUUUCGUUCGCAACCGUGCGCGCACUCAUGUCCGGGGCGGAAGGGCUGAACCGUACGGAGCUGCUAAAGCAGCUCGCUGCCUUCGAUCACGAUCGGACGGCAGCGUUAAACGAGCUGCGCGAAUCCGGUUGCAUCGAGGGCGGCGAUCAGGCACUGUUUCGCUGGCUCGGCUGCCACCAGCCCGCCGACUACAACGACGCACUGGCCGCGCUGGAGCAGCUGGCCAAGCUGGGGGUAGGCUCGCUCAAGUUCGAGCAGACGCGGAUCGUCGUGAGUGCGCUGUGCGCGUUCGAGGCGAAACCGUUCCUGGCGGUGCCCGUCCAUCUGCGUGCCCUCCUGCUGCGGGACGAACGCUUCCUGGCCCUCUGUAACGGGGCCAAUCCGGAGCUGCUGCCACGGGCGAACCGUGCCUGGAUCCGCACCGUGACUGCCGGUGACGAUACGCUCCGGCAGCUGGAAACGAUCGAGCUGCUGAAGGAACUGUUCGCGUGCGCCACCGACACCCAUCCACCGCUGACGCUGGCCGACGCCCUGGACUAUGCGCUCGGCUUUGAGGACGGUACCGUGCCGCAGGUGUACUACCGCGUGCUGGCGCUCUGGAAACAGUGCGCCACCGUCAGCUCGCCGCCUAAAGCAACGUGCAAGGCACGCUUUCUCCGACUGCUCGAGGAAGUGCACUUGCUUCACAUGGACCGAUACUUUGCGUUCAACCCUAAGCGUGGUGCCGACGGACCGCUGGGCGACGAGGCCGAGCUGAUCGGCGAAGUUCGCAAGAUGCUUCCGACAGCGGAGGCAGCAGGCAGCGGCACGAGUACGCUAUGCUUCGGACCACCGGAACGGGCUGCCUGCUGGUUGGAGCUGAUUCCCGCACUGCGCAACGAUUGGAGCCACAGCCGCAUCUACCAAGCGCUCAGCGCUCUUCUUACCUACGGCACUGCGGUCGUGCUGGAGCAGCGCGAUAAAACCCUCGAGCAGCAGCAGCAGCAGUACGUGGAAUUGGCGGGCAAAAAAAUGCUCAUGUUUGCCCGGGGCGAUAGUCGCGUGGUGAUCGAGGUGUUGCUACCGGCGGAAAACGACAAUGGAAUGCACCGUGCCUCGUUUUAUCUGUGCGGAAGUGCUUUCGGUGGUGCUGACGGACGGCCAGCCUAACAUCGAACUGUGAGACAAGCGCGUGCCUUAAUCUGUGGUUGCUUUGAUUCUUUGUUUGUUUGCAACGCCUUUUUUAAUGUAACAUGUUUAUCACAAUCUGCUCGAUUGUACAUUUCAUACCAAAAUAGUCUUAAUAAAGAUACAUAUCUUGUCUUUUA